CCAGGUCUUCGAAGGGCUAUGCGGAAGCCGCAUGGUCGUAUUCGUAAUCAGCAUGGUCGAUAACCUAUAACCCACUAGAUUCCGAGCAAAAAGCGUUUAAUCACUUCGUGGGGUUCCCUCGUUAGUAGAAAUGUCGCCCAAGUACUAAACAUACUAAAUGAAAACAUAGGUAAUUAAUAAAAAAUCUUCACUACGAAAAAUAAUUAAGUUUGUUUUGAUAAUACGUAGACUAUUCUCUCGACAUGCAAAAGACCAAAUUGUCUGCUACAUAAAAGUACCGCAAAAAACAGCGGUUACUGUCAGGCAGUGUAUUCAAAAAUAAUUAAUCAAUAAUGACCUUAAGUGUGAAAUUAUGUCACUGGAGUAUCAAAAGUACUUGAACUGGUACCCGAAAAAUACCGUAAGGCACCUGAUUACAUAGAGGUUUCUUGAGUAUUUAUAACAUUAGCGUUAUUAGGUUAUCUGUUCGGGUACCUUGAAUCAGUACAUUGGCUAGGAUAUGUGUAUGGCAGUUCACUCAAAACGCUUUGAAGCUAUACUACAAAACAUGAAAAAUCAAAAAAAAAAGGAAAACAAAAAAAAUUAUAAAAUUUUCUCUUCUCAAAGAAAAAUUCGGAAAAACUUCUGGUUUCUUAGAGGUACGUUUCCAACGAGCGACAUGAGAAUAAUUCCUUUUUUUGUAGAGGAUACUUUAUUCUGUUCGAGCACAUGUCACACAAUAUUGUAAUAAAUUCCAUUUUUACUCUUGAAAAUGAGGCGAUACUCUUAAAUGAUUUCAUUUUCUAUUUAGAUAGUUGGUUUCGACAUUAUUCUUACUGAGGAAUUAAAACCUGUUCUAUUAGAAGUAAAUGCCAAUCCUAGUCUACGCAUGGAUUUCGAAAAACAAACAGAACCUGGCAAAGUAAUUUAUCAACAAAGUAUGAUUGAUGAAGAAAUAAAAAAACCACUUGUUCUUGAAACACUUAAGCUAGCACUACCCAAAAAGAAACUUCAUACCAUUGCUCGACAUUAUCAGAUGCAAUUGAACGAUGAAAUGAUGGCACAACGCUUAGAAAAAGUUGCUCAACGGCGUAUCGAUGAACGCAGUGAGAAAAUUCGCAGUGCCAGACAAAUACGUUUUGAUCCAAAACAUAAUCCAUACUUCUCUCGGCCACCAAGAGAGAUGAGAAGAGACGACUUAGAACAGCAACAACAGAAAGUUUUAUUAAAUCCAUUUCCAUCAGCAAAUGGCGGUGGAAAAGAAAGUGAAGAUGAUCAAUUGAUGUCAUCUUUUGCUGGUGAUGAUGACUCAAGGAUAGAAAAACCAAAAAAAUUAACAGUUUCUUGCCAAAAGAAGCAACGUGCCAUUGAUGAUGAUGAAAGUAAUGGAAAUCAACUUAAUCGAGUCAUUCCAUCGAUGUCAGAUGAUGACGAAAACGGUCUAAAUCCAAAUUCAAUAUUUUUAUUAAAAAAACAACGUAGAGUAGGAUCAUCGACAACCACUGGUAUUACUAGAAUUAGUACAGCAAGAGAAACAAAAGUAUUAAAAUUAAUCUAUCCAUCAACAUAUAAAUCGAAAUAUCGACACUUGUUUUUAUUGGAUAAAAUAGCGUACAUUUAUAUAAAGAUUGUCGUCAUGAUGGGAUAUAAAAGAAUGACAGCUAUUCAAUUCAGAAAUUUUGCACAAAUAUGCGGUAUUAUAAAUGAUUUUAUAACCCGAGAAAGUAUUGAUAUAUUAUAUGUGCAAAUGUUAAGAAAAUGGCAACAAUUUAUUCUCAAAACAACUUCAUCAGGUUUACCGUUUGGUGCAUUUAUCGAAGCAUUUUUUCUACUUUCUCAACGAAAGUUUCCGUCCACAAAAUAUUUACUAGACAGUGUUAAUCAAAUGGUCAUAUUUUGUGUUCGACAUUUAAACAUUUUCCUAGAAUCACCCUUCUCACAUUAUUUACUACCACGAACAUCAAGAAAUUGUGACAAUAAUAAUCAAACUGUUGACGGACGUUAUGACAAACUAGUACGUUCACAUCGUUUAACAACGGCACCAUCGAAUCAUGGCACAACGUCUGCAGCAAUAGCUGUCGUCUCAACACAAACAACAGCUAACACCACUACAAGUUUAAAUGUUAGCCACGAUACGUCAGUUAGAACUACCACUACACGAGUUUCAUCAUCGGUCAAAAAUUCAAAACGAAGCGUUUUUCCGCUAUUUUUUGAAGUUUUAUAA